AUCAGUUUUAUCUUGCUGUUCAUUCGUAAAUUUGAAUGUGUUUAUCUGUUACUAACUCAUUGGGUUGUCUAUAUUGUUUGUGUACAAAGUGUUCACCAGUUCAAGGUAAAAAGUCUCUGGAUUGCAGGAUGAAAAUCUGUAUGUCAGGAUAGCAAACAAGAAAACAAGUAAACAAAGUUACCAAAAAAAACAGUGGUUUACUUAGCAAAAAAAAGAAGGGAAAAUGGUUUAAACCAGGAAACCAGAAUAUUGUUUCUUAGCCAUUGUCCUGUCUUACCAGUAUUACAAUGUGAAUUAUAUCUGGUCAGUAAACCAAUUGAAGUGACUGGUGAAAAGUAGAAGGAAAGAAAUCAAAAUAGUCCAAUUGUAACAUCUAGACAUUGAACAUCUUGAAAUGUUUUCCCUUUGUAUAUCAAACGAGAAAAAGUUUAACCAUUCCACCAAAGGAACCCUAACUGUUGUUCCGGUUUACGUUGAAUUUGGUUCAAUAUAUUCGCUUAAAUCAUCAUCCAACUCUGAUGCUAAUCAAAAGAUUGAAAGUGCUGACGCUGGUAUUGAGCUAUUACACACUGUGGCUGGCUUGUAUUACAAGAAUCUUCCCAAUAUACCUUUAAACAUAAUCUAUGAAAGUCUUUGCAAGGAAGGUGUUAAGACGUUGCUUCUUCUCCGUCAUGGUGAAGAAAUUCUGAAGGAAUGGAAAGAUGAGUUGAAAAGCAGGAAAAAUGUUACAACAGAAGAGCAAUUUCUGGAUAAAAAAGAAUCAAUUGGAACUGAUUUUUGCAGUCAAAGUAAAUUGGCAAGUCCAGAUGAGUUGACAUGUUCAUCAAUAAGCAGCGGAUUUCCGAGCAAGGAAACUUGGUCACCAUCAAUUGAAGAGAUUUCAAUAUUAACAAGUAGCUGUUCGAAAACAUUUUCAUCUGGAAUCAUUUCGGAUUUGGAAGAUGAAUGUGAAAAGAUGUCCCUUGAAACGGAACAAAUGACAAGCAAUAACCUUUACCAUGAAAAUAACAGUGAGAGUAAAUUAUCGAGCAAUAUUAGUAUAUUUUCAAAAGAUUCCGAGGCAAGGUUACCAAAGGAAAAUGUUGCUUCAUGGAGUCAAACACCAACCUACAGAGAUCUGGAAGCAAAGAUUGAACGAUGUUUUGAUGAUGAUUACGAUGAUAAGUCAACCAGUGAUGAUGGUAACUGGAGUAAGACGACUGAAACUAGAUUAACAGAACUGCUGAAGAGUGGCGAAAAAUUUUUAAACUCAGUAAAUGAGAGAAAAAAUAAACGCAUUUCUCUUCGAUCUCCAGAACAGUUGGAUUUAAGUCAUGUUGCAAUUGAACAUCGAGUCAUUGGAGCCAUUUCAUUUCAUAAAGAUUACAGACUUCCCUCGAUGCCAAUUAUUUUCAUCGAUUGGUUAAUUGUCCGAGAUUCUUAUCGUCACUCUAAAAUAGGAUCAUACCUUGUGAAGAAAAUCAAAAGCUCAUCACUUGUAGGAAGUUACCAUUUAAUGUGUGUAAACUCAUUAUCAACUGAAGCAACUAGAUUUUUCCGGGCUCUAGGCUUUAUCCAGGAUGAUAUUUCUGAAUGCCGUCUAAGGCCUUUACUAUCCAGAAAAAUGGUCUCACCAGUUGAGACUUCCCUAUCAACAUUACUAUUUUAUUAUCCAUCUUACCGGGUUAAUUCAGUUUCAAUGUUUUCUAAUGAUUCUCUGUGGUUUGAUGUUUCACUUAAAUCAAUAAGUGAUGAGAUUGAUUUUUGGAGGGAAAGAUCAGUUGAAUCCUAUCAUGACCAGAUAACAUUGGUCUUGCGUCUUAAAUCAGAGAUUGUUAAACUGCAUAAUCAACUGAGACAACGGGAUAAACAGUUGAAGGAAAUUAAACAAGAAAAUAAAGAGCUUCGACAUAUUGUUACUCAGAGCAAUGCAAUGGCUGCUAUAAGCACAAUUGAUGAACUUGGAAGUUUGUUUGAAAGCAUCAAAGAUCUAUGCAGUGUUGUACGUUAACUUUGACUUCUGGUUGAAACAAAUAUUCAGACAUGUAAUCUAAAAUUCAUUGGUUAUUGGAGACACUUUUGACACUGUUAACCUGAUGAGCCGAAAGCAUCAUCGCAACCAUAAAUUAUCUAUCAAUAGAUAUUGACGAAGCACAAUUAGAUUAAAUACUAAAACAAUAAAUGAUCUUUACCUUCCUUAUUUUCCCGAAAACUUAAAAACAACGAUUCUGUCAAAUUUGUUUACCUCUUCAUUUCACUGUACAAUUAUAUGAUUAAAACAUGACCCUAACUAAUUGGAAUCUAUUCAUGGA